AUGCAUCGUCUUUUUGCUGAGCUGGAGCCAUCUUUAACCGUCACAGAGCAAAACCUGGCAGACCGAGUUCGGUAUAUCUUGCGCUCAAAUAUAUUUGAUGUCGCCGAACUCGAACGCCUACGACGUGAGGCUGUUCCCUCGUCGGAUGAGAAUGCUACGGCUGAGGAUGCGGCGCCACAAAUGGUAAAGCAACCCGCAAACGUGGAUGCCGCCGUGAAUACCCCAGUUGUGGUUGAUUCAAACGAUGAUGGAACAGUCGCCCAGGAACUGGAAUUAGAGCAUAUGAGGAGUACAUUGGAAGAGGCGAUUGUGGAAACGCGCAGUACGCCUCUCGAAAAUCGACCGCGACUUCCCCCGCAUAGCCCUAAGCAAGCGGAAUCGGGCUGUCGUGAGGGCUCUGAACCCAAUGCUGGUGACCUAUUUGGAAGCCAGUCGGGACCUUUGCGAGACGGACUCAAUUCUUUUUGGCGCCGCGCUGGCAGUCUGCCGUAUCAUAGGCGCCAAGGUUUCCACGGCUGGACGCGCUACUGGCCAUAG